UAUUUUAUAUAGGGUACGUUUUUCAGUGAUCACCGAUAAAGGAUAAACAACACCAACGUGAUGGAAUCGUCGUUCGCUGUUCGACAUCCCUUCUUCAAGAAAAAGGAACCUACUGCGGAGAAUUAUACUUGCCAGAAAUGUCUGCAGAAAGGCCAUUUUACAUAUGAGUGCACAGGGAAACGCAAAUAUGUGUAUCGACCUUCAAGAACCAAGGAAUUGGCCAAACGAAUGAAGAUGGAGGAGGAAAAACAGAAAAUUGACACCUUAGCCAAGGCGAGCAGCAUUCAGGAGAAGAAAAAGAAGAAACAGAAAAAGAAGUCAGAAACAGACUCCUCCUCUGACUCGAGCAGCAGUGAUUCAGGAAGUGACAGUUCCUCCUCCUCCUCAUCGUCUUCAUCUGACAGCGAUUCAGACUCCAGCAGUUCAUCUUCUUCCUCAUCAUCAUCAUCGUCCUCCUCCAGCUCAUCUUCAUCGUCAUCUUCCUCCUCUUCCACAUCAGACUCUGAGUCAGACUCUGACCACCACAAGAAGAAGUCCUCUAAACACUCUAAACGAAGAAGGAAGAGGAGGAAAAGCAGACAUUGAGGACAGGAACAUUUGAAGGAUGAGAAAAGGGUUAAUCCCAGGCUUGAAAGCUUCACGAAUCCAUGCAUCUUUUAUGUCAUGGAGGUGAUGAUGCUAACAAAUCGAGAUUCAAAGCUGCAUUUCUAUGACGACGAACUGAUUACUGAAGUCAGCAUACUAAUAUCCAUAGCAACCCACCACUGACAUGUUAUCGUUGUGUUUGUGUCAAGAUUGUCAUAGAAUAGUCAUACAUUGUAUGAAAUUGUUUUAAAAACCUUCAAUGAGUUAAUACUUCAUUCCAUUGCUUUUGAAAAAUGAGUUGGUUUAAUUCCUACAAACUUAAAAUGUUAUUCCAAACGUGAGAAUUUGCACUUUUACAGUAAAACUGGACCCAGGACUAUAUGUUCACAUAACUCUUCAAUCAGAUGGUGGUGUGGAAAUUUUAACGUUGGCAAUUGUUCUAGAAAUCUUAAUACAUAUAACAGGGUUCGACACUGACACAGUCCUCUUAUCAGAGACUAGUAAAUUUCAGCAAUGACUAUAGUGAUUCUCCUAAUCUAACUGGUCCUUUGGCUUGUGAACAAACAUGUUAUCUCGAUAUCUAUUGACAGAUACAUUAUAGAAUAAGAAUAUUCCAUUUAGAAAGCUGCUUAAAUUACAUGUAAACUGCAUGCCAAUUUUUUUUCUUUCUUAAACUUCAUUAUAUAUUCUUGGCGGUAGCUAUUUUAUAUCACCUACAGUUAAAUACCUUUAAUGAUUUGCGCUGGAAAUGUUUUCUUAAGGAAAUUUUGGACAAGUUACAUUGAUAAUUUAACAAAUAAUCUACCCAACUAGUUCUAGUCCGCUGAACUACAAGUUGGUGUCUAACCCUGUUAUUAUAGACUGUAUAUAUAUGAAUGUAUAUAUUGGGUGUGGAUAAAUUCAUGCUAAAUUCAUGUAAAAAACAUGAGUAUUUCUACAUCGUGAUAGUUUCUACUUACAUUAUAACAGUAUUCAGUUGGUUGAAAAGUUAAAAUAACAAAGCAACCAUUUAAUUUUUAUGCUAGAAGAGACUUUCCAAUUAAGCUUUAAUUUUUUUUCAAAUUUCUAUUGGCAUAAUGUUUAUGAAAUAUCAAGUUCUGUAGCCUUAUUUCAAGACUCACUCAUCAAUUUGUUUACGAGUCUGUUAUGUAAGUGGUAUACAACAAAGAUAUGGAUUUAGUCUAGAGUUUGGAUAGUAACUCUCUUGUCGCUGCUAGUGUUCACAAGUUCUUAGAUAUUACCAAGUUGUUCCAUGAUGUAGACAUUCUUCUAUUUUUAAUGAUAACUGUGUUUGCUGUUAAACAAAUAAAACAGAAGUUUUGCAGCAAUGUGUAAGAAUUUUUUAUCAUUUGUCUGUGAUUUGUCAGUUGAAACGAGCUAAUGUGUGGGAUUGGUCAGAAGAGAUGAGUCGAUGCCUAUGAUAUUCAAUUGAGAAGUGAAUAUGAUUGGUUGUUGCUGUGUGAUGGUUUUAACUCAUUCAUCCCUGAAGACACAUUUGAACUCUUCCAAUUCUAAGGUUGGAAUAGUUCAUUUUGAUAUUUCAGGGGUGAAUGAGAUAAUAAACAAAGGCACUACAUUACCAACCACUGACAUUGUGUUUAUGUGGAGCCCUUAAGCUUUGUACAAGAAAGAAAAAAGUAGCAUGGAUUGGAAAGCACUGAAUUGGACAGCGUGUUCAAACUAUAAAAAACAAACUUUAAACCCAAAUUAAGAAAUAUACCAUGUUUUUUUAUGUGAGAUACAUUCUAGAAAAUGUUUCAAAGUUUAUUUUCUGGUUUUAGUCAAUGAUGUUAUAUUUGAAGGCCCUUUGUUUUAUGUUAAUUCUUUUAACAUGUUUUUUUUGGCGUUUUAGUGGCCCUAAUGACCUGUCCUUUGUAAAUAGCCUGUUUUAUGUGUCAAAAAAAAAUGUCAUGAUAAAAAGGUUACUUUAGGGACAAAAGAGUGUAUUGUGAUAAGAGGUGAUAAAAAGUACCAUGUUAUUUCAUUUUGAUGUCAUGUUUUUGUUGAAUCAGCGGUUGCUAGGUCUGUAGGGUUACUUGACUACCAGCGUUUGGAAUCAUGUUGAAUUUGCAGAGUCGUCUUACUGUGAAAUUAGUGACAAAGAUUAAAACAGUAAUAAGUGAAACGUUUAUGUCAAAUGUCAUGUUUAGUGUUGAAUUAGUGGUUUUGAGAUUGCUAGGUCUGUAGGGGUACUUGACUACCAGUGUUUGGAAUCAUGUGGAGUCGUCUUACUGUGAAGUUAGUGAGAAAGAUUUAUACAGUACUAAAUGUUUGGUUGAAAUGAAAUAUUAGGUUGGUGGAAUAACAUUGAUUUUUUUUCCAAUUAUGAAUUUUUUAUAGCUGUUGCGACUGUGCAUGUUUACAAAAUUCAGGCAGAACAUGUAUCUAAUUAUAAUUAAAAUAAAAUUAUUGUUUUGAUAAUGCUGUCAGUAAAAAGACUUUUUAAAGUUUAUUCUAAGUGAUAUACAAUUGAGUACACACAAAGGUUCAGUCAGUAAUUUAGUUACCACAUAUGAAAAGACUGCCCUGUGGAUGCAAACAACUUCUUUGUUAUGUAUGUAGUGCCAAACCAAAUAUGAAUGCAUUUUCACAUAUGACGACUAAUAUUUAGGUGUAGCAGAACAAGCAUGACUGGGCCAGGUAGCUCAACUGGUAGAAAGUCUGUCUAGAGUUCAAACGUUCCCGGCUAUCCAGUACACUACACAUAUAUGAACAGAUACAUCUUGUAAGAUUUUGACUUAUUAAAAUGUUUAUGAGACACAGACAAAUAAAGCAAUUAUUUUAUUA